UUUGAGAUCUUUCCCACCAUGAUAAGUUAAGUUGAGACCAAAAGCUGCUAAACCCGGGAAAAUAAAACAACUUGGAUUUGCAAGUUGAAUGCUAAAACCCUAAGGUUAAACAAGUCGUUCUUCAAUCGGCUAAAGUAGCGCGGGAAAAUCUAUAUGCUGUCUGCAUCAUUUUCAUCAUGAACUUCAAAGGUACUACUUCCAUUAUUAUUACUGCUCCAAACAACAAACCUCAAUCGCAAACCCUAUAACAACUCACCUCCUCUCUUUUUGGUUGAAUGUUGUCCUCGUGGAAUGACUGAUCUGUCUGUUAAUAUGUAUACGAGAAUGAUUUUUAUCUUGCCUUUUGCGAGUUCAAAUUUGUUGAAUUCAUUGGUAAAUUUAGGUCAUAUUUUAAUAUAUAUUUUUUUGGAGAAUUAGAAAAUGGGUAUAGCAUUUCUCUGUGCUGAUACCUCAGUAAUAAUGAAAAGGAAAAAGUUGUUUUUUUCUUCACAAAGCAGGAUUCAUGCUUGAUAAAAUUUGCAAGGACAAUCAUGUUAGGGUAUCUUAUGGUCACCUAUACAAGAUUUUAGGACACUGAUCCAAUUACUGAAGGUAAUGAGAUGUGAGGCACUUGAGCUUUAUAAUAUAAUGAUACAGAAAGGUAGAACUCUUGAUGUAGUUCUUUGUGGUACAAUUAAAUGUGAAGUGGGGAAAAUGAAAGAGGGGCAUGAUCUUCUUCGGGUGUUUGCUGUUGGUCUUUAGUUCGAUUUAGAUGUUUAUGACUUUAUGUUAAAAUUGGAGAUUUCUAAGGAGCAAUUGAAGAGUAUACAAGAUUGUUGAAGGAAUCUCUCCUAGUUCGGUAAUUUACUACAUUCUUAUCAAGGGGUUAUGUCAGAAAGGUCAGCUGAUUGAAGCUUGUGGAGUUUUUAGUAGGAUUUUAAAGAAUGGUUUCGAGCUCUCUGGUUUGACUUAUAGUACACUUGUUGAUACUUUUAGAAAUAUUAGAGAUGGGUUCCAUUAUAUGAGUUCAUGGUGAAGAAAAGUUGUGUUUUGAAAGUCGCCACCUAUUCUGCACUUGUAAAGGGUUUUUUGCGAAGAAGGGAGAACGACUGAUGCUCGCUGGUUUCUUAAGCAAUGGAGAGUAGUUUUGUCCCAAGUGUUGUUGUUUUGGUGUGAAAUGAAAAGAAUCAGGGAUGUAUUGAAGGUGUUCAACAAAGUGAGAGAUAAUAUAGACCCUGAUGUAGUCACCUGCACCUUUUUUCUCAUGGGGGUCACAUAACGUGGUAAGUAGGAUGAAGCUUUGAUUAUUUUUCUUUCAAGUGAGAAAUGCUAUAACGUUUUGCACUCUCAUUGAAUAGCAAGGGUUUGGAACCGAAUACAAUUAUCUGGAUAAUAUUGAUCAAUGUGUCAUCUAAAGAUGCUAGAAUAGACAAAGCGAUGUUAGCUUUCGAUUUAGUGGUGGAAAAGGAUUUUACCCCAAAUUGCAUCACAUAUAACACUUUGAUUGAUCGUACUUCAAAUCUGAAAAUAUGCGAAGUCUGUACAAGGGACAUGAAGAAAUGCUUCAAAACAAAAUUUCUUCAAUAUUGUUAGUUAUAGUGUUCUCGUUGAUGGUCUUUGUAAAGGAGGAAGAAUUUAUGAAGUAUCAAGGGCUUUUCAGUUCGCGAUAAACUGUGUUCUUUGCCUGAUGUUGAGGCAUAUGGGAUUUUAAAUUGAGGAUUUUGUAAGGUUGACAUGCUCACUGAAGCUAAGCAAAUGGUAGGUGAUGGUGUAGUGCCGGAUGUUUUAUUACCAAAAACGAAGAAGCAUAACGUCUCCCAGAUGACAAAAUACCAUUAGAACAUGCAAAGUAACUCGGGAAAGCACUGCUCGUGGUUGGUAUACAUCAUCUUUAUUGCCAAGUACUUUGGCUGCCGGCUCCGCACUCUGUUUUAUGUUGCCGGAGGCUCUUCAUAUAAACUCAAGUCUACCCUACAAAGGCACGCAAUUCUUGCAAAAAGGACAUUUCUGCCCGUUACUGAUAAGCUAAUAUACGAUAUAAUGGUUUUAGAUGGAGAUUGGAGAAGUUCAAUGAACAAUUCACUGAUACAAAUGGAAGGUGAUAAUCAUCAGAAUCCUAACUAUUUGGAUUCUCAUCAAGUUGUUCAGAGGAGUGAUAAGGAGAAGAGUUUCAUGGAAAUAGAAGGAAGGGGUAUUUCGGAAUUCUUAAGGAAUUCUAGUGAAGAGAUUUUUCUGAAAUCUUUGAUUGAAGGUUCACUUGGAAUGCCAACACCAACAAUGGAAAUGCUUGGGUUCAAGAAUCUGUCUCAGAGCUUUCGUGCAGAUAGCGAAGAACUUUUCAAUAGUUGGCUCAAUAAUGGAGAGAUUAAUGGACACAAUUCAACAGGCAUAGCACAUCGAACUCGGCAAGCAUCUUGACGGAUGUCCACUGAACUUGCUGCUCUGGUAAGUCAGCAACAUGGGAACACCGAUAUUUUGUUCCCUCAAACCUUGUCGAUAGUCGAUGAACUCUCAAGUAACCAAGAAGAACUCCCAUUCAGGAAUGUUGAGGAAAAAGGAACACAAGCAAGUAACAUGUGUUUAGCCAAGGCCUGGUUUCAGAGUUCCCAACCCAUGACAAGAAGCCGGUCUUCUGAACUAAGAAGAAGGUAUACAGCCAUGCAAAAUUGUCAAUCAUCAAAUGGAAUUGAAGCGACACAUAGUACCGCCCCAGAACAUGGAUUCAGUAGAAUGAGACCGCAAUAUGCAACCACAGGUAGUUUCAGUGACGUACAUGAAAUUCCUAGCCAACCAAGAACGUUCAUGUCUCCCUCCAAUUCAACGACAUCUUCUUUCAGCAACGCUCCUAUACUUCCUGUAGAUGCAGUUUCUUUUGUGGUGAGCAUGUUGAAGGGUACCCUAGAAAGGAAGAAACUUAUUAACCAGAUGGAAAAAGAAACAAUUGAAAGUAGUCAAUUUAGGAGUCAUCGUUCUCAAGAAGUUAGUCGAAAUCCGAGUUUCGACCAAGGGCAAAUGGUUCAUCAUAUACAUGAGCCGCAACCAACUUAUGAAGGAAUAUCUGGUGCUGAAGUGAAGCGCCCUGAUAAGCUGCAAACAUUCGAAGGAGCAAUAGACAUAGAUUUAGACGGUUUUGUUGCCCCGCUAAAUCAAAUUCAAAUGGGCUAUGUUUGUCAAGAACCUUCUCAAAGUGAAUCAUCUGCUGCUGCACCUGGGCUUUCAACUGGUUUUGAAGUCUGUGAUGGUCCUAUUUCAGGUCAAACACCAUCCGGUUGCGAGAGUCUGAUGAAACAAGUUGCCAAUGGAAGUCUGGAAAACGGUUCAAUAGCUAAAGAUUUUAGAGAGAGGAUACAUGAAAACAACUCUAGAGAUGAUCGCAAGACUCAGCACAAAGGAAGCCUAGUUCGGAUGGGAUCCGUAACCUCUGGAGGAACAGUGGACAAGGCGGAUCCUUCAAAGAAGCGGAGGGUGGAGCGCUCACGCAAGAUGGCAGAGACUAAGGAAAGGAAUCAGUCACCAGUAACUCCAUCAGAUAUGCAAUCGAUUCUGAAACGUUGUGAAAUUUUUGAGAAAGAAGUUCGAUCACUCAAGCUUAACUUGUCAUUCAUGAAUAGGAAGGAUUCUGAGCAGACUAAACAAAUAGAAGAUCUUCAAAAACAGAAUGAAGAUUUGGCAGAUGAAAAAGAACGCUUAUUAGAGGAAAUCGAGAGAAUCAUCUCAGGAUCUGGUAUAAUGUGAAAAUCUCUCAUAUUGCUUCAAACAAAAAAUAAGUAAAUUAAAUUCAUAUAUUUAUACUUGUUGGUUCAAUUUUAGACCUGUAACUGGUAAAAAUAUGAAGCUUUUCAAAAUUGGUAUUUAGUGUGGUGAGGUACACAAGUUACUGUAUAACUCAACCCUGGGAAUCCACAAGUAUCUGUGACAGUUGAUGGGAGUUGUGCAUUACUGGAAGAAAAAAAGUGCAUAUCUUACAGCUCCAAUGUCAUCCUAGCCAUCAUUGUUAUACUUGUUCAAAAGAGAAAACAUGUAUUUUAGUUGGUUGUUAAGAUAUGUGCUGGAAACAUCAAAUGAAAUUCAUUACAGGGUUUAUAUUCUCAUGA